GGGGUGAAACGAGAGGCAUAACCCCCCAAACUUGCAGCCUUCCCAAGGCACCCUCUCUUUAUUUGCGAGCAGGGGGGGUUGCAAUCCUUCUCUUUAAUCCGGGGAGGAAGGCAGAGGAGGCGGGGUCCCCCCUCUUCCAGCCCUCGCAGGGGGGCAGCGGGUGAGCCCCAGUCCUCGCAACUUCGCCUCGGAUGCGGGGACUGUGCCACCGAGCUGCUCCUGCCCCUGAUUAAUCACAUCUGCCUGGAAUUAAUUAUUUACCCGCCUCCUUUGGGUUCUGCAUUUUUUUUUUGUUGCCGUGUUUGUUUUUGGUUUUUUUUUUUUUGUUGUUGUUGUUGUUUUGGUGUUUUUUUUCCCUGGGGGAGCUCUUUAAUUCAGCUUUUUUUUUAUAUAUAUUAAGAACCGCGCUUGGAGAUCUUAUUUUUAUUCUUGUGCAUCUUUUAUUCUGGCAACCUGCUAGCCCUGCAUCAUCCUUCAUCCACACAGCUUUUCUUUUUUUUGCUUUUUUUUUUUUUCGGGAGGGGGUUCCACGUGCUCUUCCCUUCGGCUCCUAAGGAGGAAGAGGAGGAGGAGGAGGAGGAGGGGGACCCGCCCCCGCCGCUUGGGCGCUCCCCGCUCUCCCUCCAGACACAGGCGGGGAUGCACCCCGGGCCGGCUGCUCUGCUCUGCUGCCUCUGCUCCCUGCUGCUCCCCGCCCACAGCAAGGGGCCAGCCCCCAGCCCCCAGCCUGCUGAGCCGCGCAGCGCCGUCACACUGCCCGUGAGCUACCGCCUGUCCAACACCCGCUUGGCCUUCUUCCUCAAGGAGGUGGGAGCCAGCCCGGUGGGCAACGGCAGCACUCCACUGCAACGUGCUGAGCCCUUCGUCGUCUUCCAGACCAAGGAGCUACCCAUCCUCAAUGUCACCCUGGGGCCCUUCAGCACAGGGCUGGUGCUGCCCAAGGAGCAACUGCAGCCCUCCAGCACCCUGGAAAUCCCUGAUCGACUCACCGUCAACUGGAAAGUACGCGCCUUCAUCAUCCAGCCUCAGCUGGUGGCCAACCAGCCCGUGGUCCAAGUGCUCUUCUACAUAGCUGGCCGGGAUUGGGAUGACUUUGAUGUCACUGACCGGCUGCCCUGCGUGCAGCUCCAUGCUUUCCGUGACACCCGUGAGAUCAAGAGCUCGUGUCGCCUGCGGGGCAGUCUGGCCACGUGCCUGGUGCAGGCAGAGCUGCCCCACGCCUGGUUUGGCCCCCCAGCCGUGCCACUGGGCAGGCGGAAGAGCCCUGAGAGCCUGGAAGUGCUGGGCGAGAGCCAGCAAGCAGAGCUGUACUACACCCUGCAUGCCCCCGAUGGGGCCGGCCAGUGCCUUGGGGAGAUGAUCCCACGCCGUGGGGCUGGGGGGGCCAGGACUGAGGGUCCCACACAGCAUCCACUGCUGCGCAUUGGCAGCAUCAGCCUCCUUCAGCCCCCAGCCGGGCAGCCCAUGCAGGAGCAUCGGCUGGAUGGCAAUGUCUUCAUCCGCCUGCCGGACAAGCCCCUCAAGCCAGGCGAGGUGCUAAGCAUCCUUCUCUACCUGAUGUCCAACUCCACAGUGGAGCACUUCACGCUCAGGGUGAAGGCCAAGAAAGGCGUAAACCUGCUCAGCACCAAGUCGAGGAGUGGGCAGUGGCUAGUGAGCUCGGAGCUUCUAACAGGUGGCAAGCACUCCACCGCCACUGUCGAUGUGGCCAGGAUGGAUGGUGCCGGGCCCAGGGACGGGGACUCCUCCUCUGAGAUCAUGCAGCUGGAUUUCGAGAUGGAGAAUUUCACCAGCCAGUCGGUGACACGCCGCAUCAUGUGGCAUAUUGACUACCGCGGCCGCAAUCCCCCACCUGACCUGGAGAAAGUGGUGACGGAACUGACAGUCAUCCAGAGGGACAUCCGGGCCAUUGUGCCCCUGGCCAUGGACACAGAAAUCAUCAAUACGGCCAUCUUGACGGGGCGGACAGUCGCCAUCCCUGUGAAGGUCAUCGCUAUUGAGCUGAGUGGUGUCAUUGUGGACGUCUCGGCGAUGGUUGAGUGCAAGUCCAACAACGAAGACAUCAUCAAGGUCUCCAGCAGCUGUGACUACGUGUUCGUCAGUGGGAAGGAGUCACGGGGCUCCAUGAGUGCCCGGGUUACCUUCACCUACGAGCACCUCUCUGCCCCACUGGAGAUGACAGUGUGGGUGCCCAAACUGCCACUGCACAUCGAGCUCUCGGACGCCCGGCUGAGCCAAGUGAAGGGCUGGAGGGUACCCAUCCUGUCGGAUAGGAGGUCGGUACGGGACAGUGAGCAUGAGGACGAUGAGGAGGAGCGGAAGCAGAGCCGGGGCUGUGCCUUGCAGUACCAGCAUGCCACGCUGCAGGUCUUCACCCAGUUCCACACCACGGCGGCAGAGGGCACGGGGCAGGUGGUCACCAUGCUGGGGCCUGACUGGCUGGUGGAGGUCACUGACCUGGUCAGUGAUUUCAUGCGUGUGGAUGACCCGCGGGUGGCCCACAUGGUGGACAGCUUCACGCUGGCCGGGAGGGAGCCGGGCACCACGCUCUUCAAGGUCAUAUCCCCACUCAUGGAAGCGGUGCUGGGUGAGACGCUGGUGACAGUGGCAGAGGAGAAGGUCAGCAUCACAGACCUGAAGGCCCAGGUGGUCUCCAGCCUCUCGCUGUCCCUCUACCCCAGUCCCGGCAAUAGCCACACCAUUAUUGCCCGGACGUCCGUGCAGCAGAUCCUCAGCUUCUUCAAGCAGGAAGCACUCCUGAGCCUGUGGAUUUCCUACAGCGAUGGCACCACAGCCCCUCUCUCCCUCUACGACCCCAGGGACUACAAUCUGGUGGUGAGCAGCCUGGACGAGAAGGUGGUCUCGGUGACUCAGGACCGGGCAUUCCCCUUGGUGGUGGCAGAGAGCGAGGGUGCGGGGGAGCUGCUGCGGGCAGAGCUGGUCAUUUGUGAGAGCUGCCAGAAGACCAAGCGCAAGAGUGUGCUCUUCACAGCUUUGGCCAGUGUGCGCGUCCACUUUGGAUCAGAGGAGGACCCAACCUAUGACUACGAUCACGUGCCCAGCAAGCCAGGGCUGGCAGAGACAGGGGCGAGCACCACCCUGCGGGCAGAGGUGGAGAGGAAAGCAGAGCCGAGCGAGGACAGUAGGAUGUCCAGUGCAUCUCACCCCACUGAGGACUUCCCCACCAUCCCCACUGGCUUUGUCCAGGUGACCAGGGGUCUGACAGACCUGGAGAUAGGCAUGUACGCUCUCCUGGGUGUCUUCUGUCUGGCCAUCUUGGUCUUCCUGAUCAACUGCAUUGUCUUUGUGCUGAAAUACCGGCACAAACGCAUCCCACCUGAAGGCCAGACCAACAUGGACCAUUCCCACCACUGGGUCUUCCUGGGCAACGGGCAACCCUUGCGGGCUCAUAAUGACCUCUCUCCCCAGCCUGAGAGCCCUGGGAACCCCUUGGAAAACGUCCAGACCUGCUGCCACGGGGAUCACCACAGCAGCGGGAGCUCACAGACCAGCGUGCAGAGCCAGGUCCACGGCCGCGGGGACGGUUCCUCGGGGGGCUCCACACGGGACCAGAGCGAGGACCCACUUAACUCACCCACCUCCAAAAGGAAACGGGUAAAGUUCACCACCUUUGCAACGCUGCCCUCAGAUGAGCUGGCCUACAACUCCAUCCCCAUUGCUGAUGAGGAGGACUUGGAGUGGGUCUGCCAGGACAUGGGGCUGCAAGACCCCGAAGAACUUCACAACUACAUCCGCAGAAUCAAAGAGAUCGCUUAACGCAGGGGAGAGGGGAUGGGGCGGGAGGGAAGGGGGCUGCCACACUGUGCCACGCCACACCAUGUCACUGCACGCCGGCUGCUUUCCCGGGGCUGGAGACCCAAAUUCGGCUCGCUCUUGUGCAUUUCCUCUUCUGCACAUCUCGUGUCCUCCUCACCCCGUCGGAAGACACCCCUGGGAGCCUUUUUCUUUUCUUGCCCUUUACCGUCCAGUUUUCCCAGAGGAGCCAUCAGCAUAUUUGUGGCCACCCAACCCGCCAGGGUGUGGCGAGGGGGCAACAAGGGAGAUGCGCUGAGGGGCGGGAGGUGGAUGUGGUCAAUACCUCGGUGCGCGUGUCCAGCGGUGAGCGGGGCGAGUCAGUGCUGUGGGUCCUGCUGUGCAGGGGUUGAAGAGGGGAGAUGUCCUGCUUGCCCCAGGAGCCGCGUGGGGAAGUGGUGGGGGUCUGCCUUCCCGAAGGGACCCCACUGCCUUUGCUACACUCGGUUGCACAAUUUGGAGGUGAGUGUUGGUUCAGGGAUUUGCAGCCCCACAGCUGUUGGGGUGUUGGGAGGCUCCCUGACCUAGAGCUGCUGCCCCAUGGUCAUGGUCCGGGGCACCGCUGUCCCCACUGCCUGCUGCAUCCCAGACCCCAACGCCUGGCUUGCCUCGCUCCCUCUGCCGUGAGCUCUGCGGGUUGGUGACAGUUACGUUUGCCACAGGAGCAUCUCUUGGGAACCGUCUAUGGCUGCGCUGUCUCUCCCCUGCUGCCUGGGAAGGUCUGUGCCCCCGCGCAGGGGCAAUUUGGGGGCAGCCAGCUCAGUUUUUGCUGCCUGUGAACUUGCUUGCCGUUGCCUCUCCCUCCGUUCUUAGCUGUGGGACCUCCAGGGCCAGCGCCUGGGUUCUGUCCCUCUGGGAUGUGACUCUGGGACUGGGAGGCGUCGUGGGGACACCCACAACUGAACCUCGCCUGGGUCUCCCGGUGCCAACCCUGGAGGGAUGCCCAGAGCCCAGGUUUAGCCUCCACGGUGCCUUCUGACUGCCAUAACACGAUGCCUCCCUGGGUCAACCCAUACUGGUGGCAGCUCCCGGCCCCUCUGGCUCACCUGAGAGGCUCCGCAGCCCAGGGCCAUCCCAUCUGCCAGCCCAGUGCAGAGCAUCCUCAGUCAGGUUGACCCUGUGGGGAUCACCUGGGUACCAGGUUUGGUGGACUGGGCGGCGCGUUGGUACCUGUGGGCACUGAAUGUGUGGGGGCAGGGCCCCCUCGGCAUCACCCGCUGGAGGGGGGAGACAGAGGCUGGCAGCGGAUUGUUCCUGGAUUGGAAGUUACC